AUGCUGGCAGUUUCUAAAGAUCUGACUCACGCCUCUGUUAGAGGGUCCAAAAGAAAACAACCCGAGGAGCUUCCCUCGGCCUUCUAUCGGGAGUUGGACCUCGAUUACCAUCACAAGGGCUCGGGCAGCUAUAACAAGAAAGAGCAACCAUGGGCUUCUAUGGCAGAAAGCUCUCCGCCCAGGUAUUCAAAGAAAGGUAAAACUAUAGCCCUUAGGGAGAAGCCUAGAGUGGAGCCUGAGGAGCAAGUGCCCUUUUCUACAAGGGUACUCAAGGAAAGAUUACUCAAGGGGUACAAGCCUCCUGCUAUCGGAGAGUAUGAUGGUAGCAAGGACCCGGAGUUUGAUGGAUUGUCGAACGGGUCCAUCACCUAUUUUCAUGAUUUCAAGACUGUCUUUCUGCGCCACUUCGCCAACAGCAGGAAGUACCAAAAGAAGAAUUACUGUCUCUUCGCGCUUAAGCAAGGGCUAGCCGAGCCCUUGCGAAGUUAUAUCAAGCACUUCAACCAGGUGGCCAAGGACGUUCCAUUGGCCACCUCUGAAAUAUUGAUGAGCGCCUUCUCUCAUGGGCUAGUAGAAGGGGAGUUCUUUCGAGACCUCAUUCGAGAUCCCGCAAAGAAUUUUGAUAAAAUGCUAGGGAGGGCCGCUAGUUACAUCAAUGUGGAAGAAGCUCAAGCGGCCCGACGAAAAGCAGACAAGGCGCCUGCUUCCACCAAUAAACCAGAGAAGAGGCCACCUCAACCGCUAGCCCAACCUCUUCCACAUGCCUGGGACGCUCGACCGCCCUUUGGUCCUGGUCAGGAUCCCCGACCGGUUCCACGGGUGGCAGCUGUUCAAGCCCCCCGACCUGGACCUUGGGGACCUCGUUACUGUACCUAUCAUCGGUCCCACACCCAUGCCACGAGUGAUUGCUUCCAGUUCGCUUGUGACUCCCAGCGCGUGGCCGAGCUGGGCCUCCCCCCACCUGAACUCGUGCCCAAGCUUCAAAGGUUGGUGGAUAGUCAACAGGUUGCCACAGGUUUGGCAGGUCAACUCGGCAGACCACAACCCGACCUUGCUGGACAUGGGAAUCAACAACCUAGCCGUAACCAGGAGCCUGGGGCGACCAGGGAAGAAGAAAACUGGGGCAACGUGGCCAUCCUGGAGAUCAACAUGAUCUCUGGAGGACCUACCGACAGAGAUUCCACCAGGGCGUGA